CUCCAUCCCGAACUCCCCCCUUCUCCCAGCUCCAUCCCUAUCCACCCCCCAACACCCCCGGGGUGGGCUUCCCCCCCUACCCCCCAGCAUGGCUCUGGCAGCGGGGCCGUGGCCGGAGCCUCUUCCUCCUCCUCCUCCUCCGGUGGCGGGAGCAGCGGGGGGCGACGGGGGGGUGCCUGGUGUGUGGGGACAAGGCCAGCGGGAAGCACUACGGGCAGGUCACCUGCGAGGGCUGCAAGAGCUUCUUCAAGCGCUCGGUGCGACGCAACCUCUCCUACAGCUGCCGGGGGGGGCCGCGACUGCCCCGUGGACCAGCACCACCGCAACCAGUGCCAGUACUGCCGGCUCCGCAAGUGCCUGCGUGUCGGCAUGCGCCGGGAAGCCGUGCAGCGAGGGCCGCAUGGCUCACGCCCCGAGCAGCCCCGGCCAGUACCCCAUGGUCCCCGGCGACCCCUACGGUGGCCACGGCUACUUAAGCGGCUUCAUCUCAUUGCUGCUCCGCGCCGAACCGUACCCCCCGGCUCGCUACGGCACCCAGUGCUUGCAGCCCAGCGGCGUGGUGGGCAUCGAGAGCAUCUGCGAACUGGCCGCGCGGCUCCUCUUCAGUGCCAUCGAGUGGGCCAAGGGCAUCCCCUUCUUCCCGGACUUGCAGCUCUCGGAUCAAGUGGCCUUGCUGCGGCUGGGCUGGAGCGAGCUGUUCGUGCUGAACGCGGCGCAGUCGGCGUUGCCGUUGCACGCCGCCCCGUUGCUGGCCGCCGCUGGGCUGCACGCCGCCCCCAUGGCCGCGGAGCACGUGGUGGCCUUCAUGGACCACAUCCGCCUCUUCCAGGAGCAGGUGGAGAAGCUGAAGGCGCUGCACGUCGACGCCGCCGAGUACGCCUGCCUCAAGGCCGUGGCCCUCUUCUCCCCCGACGCGGUGGGGCUGUCGGACCCGGGGCAGGUGGCCGGCCUGCAGGAGAAGUCGCAGUGCGCGCUGGAGGAGCACGUGCGGCGGCAGCACCCCAGCCAGCCCAGCCGCUUCGGGCGCCUGCUGCUGCGCCUGCCCGCCCUGCGCAGCGUCUCCGCCCCCGGCAUCCAGCAGCUCUUCUUCAGCCGCCUGGUGGGCAAGACCCCCAUCGAGACCCUCAUCCGCGACAUGCUGCUCGCCGGUGCCACCCUCAACUGGCCCUACGGCCCCAUGCAGUGACGCCCCCUCCCGGGGUGGGGGCCCGGCGAUGGGACCCCAAAAAUGGGGACAUCAAGGUUGGGACUGCAAAGAUGGACACAUCAAGGUUGGGACCCCAAAGAUGGGGACAUCAAGGUUGGGACCCUAAAGAUGGGGACAUCAAGGUUGGGACC